AAUACGAAUCCUCCCUUGAAGAAGAUAUUAAAUCUGAUGAGUCAGGAACAUUAGAAAGAUUGUUGGUGUCUCUCUCAACGGGUAACAGAGAUGAAUCCUACGCGGUUGACAAGAAUGCUGCCAUAAUGGAUGCUCAAGCACUUUAUGACGCUGGAGAGGGAACUUUGGGUACAGAAGAAUCUGUUUUCAAUGCUAUCCUCUGUACGAGAAGCAGAGUACAAGCCAAACUGAUUUUUGAGCAGUACGAGGCGAUUACAGGCCAUUCCAUAGAAGAAGCAAUAGACAACGAAUUUUCAGGUACCACUAAGGAUGCAAUUUUGGGGUUGGUUUCAUGUCUAAAAGAUCGAACUACCUAUUUGGCUACGAGAUUGCAUGAUGCUAUGUCUGGACUAGGGACUACCGACAAAACAUUGAUAAGAAUAAUAGUAUCAAGAUCAGAAAUUGAUUUAGAGGAAAUCAAAAAUGCAUACGAAGCCAAAUAUGAAACAAAUUUGGCGGAAAGAAUAUCGGAGGAUAUAUCGUCAAACUACAAGAGUAUGCUGGUUGCAUUAGUUGGGUAAAAAUGGUGGUAUUAAAAGUAAUUUAACGAAGUUAUUAUCUAUUUAUUCUCAUUUUUAUUUUCAUACAAAUAGAAAUGUAUGUAUUGUUUACUAUUAAUUUUUUAUUGCGUAGAAUAUCUAUUUAGUAUUUAGAAACAAACUGUCAAGUUAAAAUUUUGAAAAUAUAUUUCUAUGCUUCUGAAA